AUGGCAGCAACUCCAUCGACGUACACUAGCAUAGAAGACUAUGGCCUCGUGGGGGACAUGCACACCUGCGCCCUGAUCAGCAAAAAUGGCAGUCUUGACUUUAUGUGCUGGCCCGUCUUCGAUUCUCCCUCCGUCUUCUGUCGUAUCCUUGACAAUGCACAAGGAGGGCAUUUCUCCAUAUCCCCAGUACCGGAUAUCCAACCAAUCAGCAAGCAGCGAUAUCGACCCUACACUAAUAUGUUGGAGACCCGAUGGAUUGACGAACAGGGGGUGGUGAGUCUACUCGACUGCCUUCCUGUAUCGAGUCACAGGUCCACCCAGCAAAAUGUGAGCCCUGGGUGGUGUAUUUGCGAUGACCGGACUGCUCGUAAUGACCCGCGGCAAUCAUGUCAUUCAGGCGUCGUUCGCAGGAUUGAAUGUGUGAGGGGUGAAAUGGAGGUUGACUUUGAGGUCUUUCCUGCGUUCAACUAUGCCAGAGACCAACACACUGGCCAUUGGAUUACCCCUCAAAACUCCAACGCCUCGCUCAAGCAAUAUUCUUUCAACAGUCAGACGCAAAGUUUGCAGCUGACUAUCCUUCCUGGUUGCGACACUUCUCUUGAGCCCUCUGAGGCCAUCUCUCCGGUGGAUCUGAAGAUACAGGAGAAGCAAGGCUCAAAGGGGCCAGGACUCUGUGCCAGGGUGAAGAUGAAAGAAGGGCAAUCGAUCUCAUUUGUGCUGCACAACCCAGAAACAAGUCUUCCCGAGGAGAACUCGCUACAAGAGUAUCUGGACAGACUGGAAAAGGAGACACUCAACUUCUGGGCUGACUGGAUCGCCCGUUGUUCGUUCCGCGGCCACUACCGCGAACAGGUUGAGCGCAGCCUCUUGGUACUCAAACUCCUCACCUACAAACCUACUGGAGCCAUCGUCGCAGCUCCUACCUUUUCCCUCCCCGAGUACGUCGGAGGGUCCCGGAACUGGGACUAUCGGUACUCCUGGCUUCGUGAUGCCGCUUUCGUCGUGUACGUGUUCCUCAAGAACGGCUACCCCAAGGAAGCCGAAGCGUACAUCAACUUCAUCUUCGACCGCGUCUUCCCUCCAGUGAGGGAUAACGAAUGCGUAGCGGACGCCCCAUUCCUCCCCAUCAUGGUGACGAUUCGAGGUGAGAGCGAAAUUCCGGAAAGCGAAUUGGAUCAUCUAGAGGGGUAUAAGGGUAGUAAGCCCGUACGUAUCGGAAACGCAGCUGCAAAGCACACACAGCUGGAUAUCUACGGAGAACUCAUGGACAGUGUCUAUCUCUACAACAAGCACGGGCGACCUAUCUCCUACCAGCAGUGGAUCGCCGUCCGCCGCAUGACGGCGCAUGUAAUCAAAGUUCGAAAUGACCCCGACAGAUCCAUCUGGGAGGUCCGGGGGGAGCCGCAGAAUUUCGUCUACAGCAAAAUCAUGCUCUGGGUUGCGCUGGACCGAGCAAUACGUCUAACCGAGAAGCGAUCAAACCUACCGUGUCCUGAUCUUAGGGAGUGGAUGCGUGCGCGUGAUGAGCUCUACGAUGAGAUCAUGACGAAAGGUUACAACCUCAAGGACAAGUAUUUUUGCAUGAGCUACGAGAAACAGGAUGUGCUCGAUGCAGCUGUCCUGAUUGCGCCGCUGGUAUUCUUCAUCGCUCCAAAUGACCCCAGAUUCAUGCACACUCUACAGAAGAUCAUGUCAUCCCCGGCCAAAGGCGGGUUAUCAGUUGCCAAUAUGGUAUCCCGGUACGAUCACACAAAGGUGGACGAUGGGGUUGGUGGCACCGAGGGCGCAUUCGUCAUGGUGACUUUUUGGCUAGUCGAAGCAAUGAUGCGCGCCUCGAAGGUAAUGCCAUAUUACCUUGAUGAUCCCUUCUACCUCCAGCUGCGUAAGACGGCCGUUACGCACUUCGACAACAUGCUGUCUUUUUCAAAUCAUCUGGGCAUGUUUUCAGAAGAAGUGGCUGUAUCAGGGGAACAGAUUGGCAAUACACCGCAGGCCUUUAGCCAUCUGGCGUGUGUCAGUGCUGCGAUGAAUCUUGGGGAGCAAGCCGAACGAUGA